AUCCGAUACACGUGGUGAGGAUCCUAUUGAAUUUAUAUGUAUUCCAUACAUGCUUUCGUGUUUUUAUUUCACACACCGCAAUAAUCAUGGGUCGUAAAGCUAAAUUCGAUACCAAACAACCAAAAGGACCGGGACGUAAAGCUCGAAAACAAGGAGAAGUCGAUGUUAAAUUGUUCCUAUCAAAUGUUGAGAAGAAUGUCCAUAAAUCAAUCACACCUAUUUCCAAAAGAAAAAGUGUAGAUAAAGUCGAGAGUAGCAGUAAAAAAAGAGUCAAAUUCGCUUCAAAUCUUGUUGAGCAAAGAACAUUUCCAUCGGAUCCGAAGGAAAGGAAAAAUACUGGUUAUUAUGGCAAUUUAUUGAAAGCUAUGAAAGGUGAAUCGCUUGAUUUCGAUGACAAUGAUGAUGAUGAUGAUGAUAAUGAAGAUUUAAAUGAAGAAAUGGAUAAUCCUUUCUUUAACAGCGAUGAUGAUAAUGACGAUAACGAUGACAUUGAACAAGAUGAAUUUGAAUUUUCCGACAAUGAAUUAGAUAAUCAGCAAAAUGAUUUGAAAAGUGACCAAAAUGAAGAUGAUGAUAAAAAUGAAGAUCAGUACGACAUGAAAGCAUCAGAUUCAAUUGAAAUUUCAAUUGAUGAAUCUUUACCACCCGACAUUUCGUUGCUUAAACAAAGAAUAUCCGAUGUACUUUUUAUUUUGAGCGAUUUCAAAAAUCGACGUCAAGAAGAUAAAACCAGGGACGAUUAUAUGAGUGUUUUGAAGCAAGAUCUUUGUUCUUAUUAUAAUUAUAAUAAAUUUUUGAUGACAAAAUUCAUGAAUCUAUUUGCCUUGGAUGAGCUCAAAGAAUUUCUUGAAGCCAGUGAAGUUCAAAGGCCUAUGGUUAUUCGUGUCAACACAUUAAAAACACGCCGGCGUGAUCUCGCACAAGCUUUAAUCAAUCGUGGGGUCAAUUUGGAUCCAGUUGGAAAUUGGUCAAAAGUUGGCUUAGUGAUCUAUGAUUCUCAGGUGCCUAUCGGUGCUACUCCUGAAUAUUUAGCCGGUCACUAUAUGCUUCAAGGUGCGGCAUCUUUAGUUCCAGUCAUGGCAUUAGCACCAAUGGAAAAUGAAAAAAUUUUGGACAUGUGUGCUGCUCCGGGUGGAAAAACCACUCACUUAGCCGCCAUGAUGAGAAAUACUGGCAUAAUUUUUGCCAAUGAUUUUCAAAAAGAACGUUGUAAAGCUUUGACUGCCAAUUUACAUCGCCUCGGUAUUGUUAACACAAUCGUAAGCAAUUAUGAUGGCCGUAAAUAUCCGAAAAUUAUGAAAGGUUUUGAUCGAGUAUUGCUGGAUGCUCCAUGCUCUGGUACCGGGGUAAUUUGCAAAGAUCCCGCUGUCAAAUCUACCAAAACAAAUGCUGAUAUUCUCAAAUGUUCAUACUUUCAAAAACAAUUGAUUUUAUCCGCCAUCGAUUGUCUUGAUGCUAAUUCAAAUACCGGAGGUAUAUUGGUCUAUUCCACUUGUUCAGUAUUGAUCGAAGAAAAUGAAUGGGUCAUCGAAUAUGCUCUGAGAAAACGUAAUGUCAAACUGUUACCCAUCAACAUUGAUUUUGGUCGCGAAGGUUUUACAAGCUAUCGAGAAUUACGAUUCCAUCCGACAAUGAAAUACACUCGUCGAUUAUUUCCACAUGUCAACAAUACUGAUGGUUUUUUCGUGGCUAAAUUACAAAAAUUUUCCAAUACUAUUCCGUCCGAAAUGAACGGUGAAAAACAACAAACCAACAAUUAUACAUCAUUAUCCACAAACGAUGAAGAUAGGUCUUCGAAUAAUAACAAUAAUCAUAAUAAUGGCGAAGAAAAAGAUGAUGAUGAUGAGGUUGAUAAUGAGUUGGAUAUACCAAUUGUCAACAAGCAUCAUCAAAAUCAACCAAAACCAAACAAGGCAAAUAAAAAGAAGAAUAAAAAGCGACGAAAUAAUAAUAUGGCCAACCCAAAUAAUCAUGAUAUGAAUCAAAAGGAUGACAAUGACAAAUUCGCAAAACAGAAGGAUAACAAUCGUCCAAGUAAAAUGGCUAAAGUUAAUGAAAAUACGGAUGUUCAAGCUGCGAUCAAUGGUGGUGACCAUGGAAAAAAACAGAAAAAAUUCAAAAAAAUUAAUGUAAUCAAACGAAAAGGAUUUAAAGUGAAAAAAUCGAUGAAAAAAAUUAAAACUUUGGUUUUGUAA